ACCCCGCUCUCUGCCAAUCUUGCUCCCAUCACGUCUCAUCACGCCUGCCUCGACGGCGCCUCAUGCGAAGAUGGCUGUCGACUGGGGCGUUGACGAGUCGCCACCACCUGUGGUGGACCUGUCUGGGCAGGAAUUGAACGCAGAAAGCUUGGAGUCACGACUGUCGGAAGCAGCUGCGUCGCAAGAGGACGAUGGCACGGCGCCCCGGUCGCUGCGGCUCGAGCGCAACAGGCUGGAGAGGCUGCCGUCGGCUGCCCUGGCGCCCCUGGGACUACGGCUGCACACGCUAGACGUGAGCAACAACGGAUUGACCAGCCUGGGCGAACAGCUACCGUGCCCUUCUUUGCGCGUGUUGUUGGCGCGGGGCAAUCGGCUAAACGAGCUGCCUAAACAGAUGCCGGCGCCACUGCUGGUGCUCAACCUGUCGGGCAACCAGUUUACCACACUGCCCGAUCAGCUGACGCAGCUUACCGAACUGCGCCAACUCUACAUGGGAGGCAACAUGCUAAAUCAGCUACCGGACUGCGUCGGAAACAUGCUCAGCCUGGAAGCUCUGUACUUGGGCGGCAACCAUCUCGAGGAACUGCCGGCUUCUCUGGGUCGGCUCUGGCGGCUGCGUAGCCUGUGCCUGAGCGGCAACCGGCUGGCCAGCGUGCCGGCCUCGCUGGCCGACCUGCGCAGCCUUCGCUCGCUGGCGCUGCACGACAACCGGCUGCGCACGCUGCCCCCCGGACUGGUGCGCCUGGGCCAGCUGGUCGAGCUGAGCCUGCGCGGCAACCCGCUCGUGGGCCGCUUCGUGCACGACCUCACGUACCGGGCGCCCAGCCUGCGCGAGCUGGCCGCCCGCUGCGCGAUCCGCGCGGGCCUGCACGAGUCGCAGGAGGCGAGCGCCUUCCUGCCGGCCAGCGUGCGCGAGUACCUGGCAUCGGCGCAGCACUGCGUCAACCCGCAAUGCGGCGGCGUCUACUUCGACAGCCACGUGGAGCGCAUCCAGUUCGUGGACUUCUGCGGCAAGUACCGGCUGCCCCUGCUGCAGUACCUCUGCUCGGCGCAUUGCAGCUCGCAGCUGCAGGCCGACUCUCCGGCCUCCUCUUCGUCCGCCCAGGAUCCGGUGGAAGAGGACCCCGACCGCCUGCGACGUGUCCUGCUUGGUUGAUCGCGGACGCUGGGUGCGGUGCGUGCGGGCGCGGUGAUUGAAAGAGGGACCACGUGGCGGUGAUGGGACGUCCGCGUACGCGCAGUUUGCGUGCCGCCGCUCUGCUGUAGACCCGACGAUGUACAGACACGGAAACGCAGUACAGACAGCACCAGCGGCGUCUUGAUUGAGGCCGAGCACCUCCUUUUUCUCUUACCUAUAUUGCCGUUAGGUUAGAAACAUCCAGAAGAGAUGGGUCACGUACGUGUCACAAUAGGAUUAACAAUUUUAUCUUUAUUCUUUGUCCCCUUGUUCACAAAGAGUCAGUGUUUUAUAACACUGGACUCAGUUUACAUGUGCAGGCGAUUCGUCAGAGAAUGGUACAUUAUAGCACACGGCAGAAAAGACUCGUGCUGCAAGUUCAUCAAUUACUUUGUUGGUGAAACAGUGUAUGGCUUGAAAUGGGUAGCAGUCAAGUAAAACAAAUUGCUUAAUUGUUCAAGCUAUCCAAGUUACUUCUGCUCAAUUUCAGUAGCCACUGUAAUCCUGGAUAUUUGUGUUCCUUUGUUUUUCUUACAAAAAUGGGGGUCUCGCAUUCAAGGCAGUGCUGUCCGCAUGUAGUCAGCAGAAGUAUGUUUGACUGCUACCCUAUGAAUUACGGACCCAAUUUCUUUAUAUUCACUUUUUUUUCUUCAUUUAUGUGUACUUCACUGCACAGUGUAAAAAUGUGUAUUUGAAGAAAUGCAUUCAGACCAAAGAGUUCACAUGCACAAAAAUGAUGAGCAGUGCUGUCAUGAGGUUCUUAUUUGAUAAGUAAGUACUUUUGCUGUUUUUAGUAUUUGUGCAGCAGCUUAUGAACGAAAGCCACUUGAUAGUUUUGUUGCAAUUAUACAUUAAUGAAUAGUACACAUGACAUCUGUACUUGCCUCAAAGUGUGCGUUUAUUAGCACAUGAGAUGUGCCUUAGGUGUUGCAUGUGCAUAACUGCAACAGAAUAAAGGUUAUAUAAAGAUAUCACUACAUAUAACGUGUCACAACUGAGGAGGCAUGUUCAAAUAAAUUAACAAUUGGAAUAGAGAAUUGAAAUUGCCAACUUGCACAAUUCAAACAUUGUUGAUAGUGCAUCAGCUGCAUUGCCCUUUCUAUUAGUUGAUGCUAACUUUGUUUCCUGGUCUCAAUAUUUUUGCACCAAAGCAUUUUAUAAUGGAACAAAUGACAUCUUUAUUUGAAAGUGACGAUGGACAGAGUGGUAGUAGAACUGAUUAUUUUAUUUUGUUGAGAUUAUUCUGUGUCAAAAAAAAUAUAUAUAUAUAUAUAUGAUGCACACUGAGAUGUGAAUAUCCUUGCGUUGAUUUUUCGAAAUGUGAGGGUUUUCUCUGUUCUCAAAUGAUGUUAGUCACAAUGUUCUCCCUAGUUGCUUUGUUAUGUGCAGUGGACACUUCAUCUGAAGGCUGAUAAGGAAAUAAGAAUUGUGCACAAAAAUUAAA